GUGGUUUAAAGACCUGCUAAUGAGAGUUCAGGGCCGGCAUGCUCCACUAAGUAGUAAGGACAAGGAUGGCAAGGUGAUACGCUCCCAUGGGCAAAGCCAACCCCCUGAAAGUCGACGCGCAAGGUAAAAACCACGCCCUCAAGUACAAAUUAGCCACUCAGGUUACACACAGAGAACCAACCAUUCGGAAAGCAGGCAAUAAACCAAUCGGACCACGGGGAAUUAGCCAAUGAAAUCACAUACAAUGAACCAAUCGGAUUGCAGAGGAUUAGCCAAUCGGAUUAGGAAACGCUAACGGGGAUUCUCCCCGAUGGAGUGGGGUAGAGCCCUCCAUUUACCCCCUGAGAAAAUGGCUGACCUGGUGGCAUUUUGGGAAGUUGCUCUAAGCGAUGGUGUUCACAAAAUAGAAUUUGAGCAUGGCACCACCUCAGGAAAGCGAGUGGUGUAUGUUGAUGGAAAGGAGGUUAUACGGAAGGACUGGAUGUUCAAACUUGUUGGGAAGGAGACAUUUGCAGUUGGAGCUACUAACACUAAAGCAACAAUCAAUAUUGAUGCAAUUAGUGGUUUUGCUUAUGAAUACACAUUGGAGAUCAAUGGGAAAAGCCUUAAGAAGUACAUGGAGAACAGAUCAAAAACUACAAACACAUGGAUAUUAAAUCUGGAUGGAAUAGAUGCACGAAUAGUGCUGGAGAAGGACACCAUGGAUGUUUGGUGCAAUGGGAAGAAAGUGGAGACAGCAGGCGAAUUUGUGGAUGAUGGCACUGAAACUCACUUCACUAUUGAGAACCAUGACUGCUGUAUCAAAGCUGUUAGCAGUGGGAAACGAAGAGAAGGAAUAAUCCACACUCUUAUUAUGGAUGACCAGGAAAUUCCUGAAUCUGCUGAGUGACUACCUGUACACCAGCCACACAGAAGAACAAAUUUUCUGGAAAAAUUAUUCAGAUGCUAUGAUAUCAUUCAUGCCACAAUAUGAAGAAAUACUACUCCUGAAGAUGUCGGUUGAGAAAAUGCAUUUUCUGUGCAAUAAUCAAACUUCAGUGAUAAUUAGAAUUAGUUGGUUGACCUAAAACUACUCUGUUCCUAUGAAACCAUCAGUGACAAACAUUUAUGAGUAACUACAGUUUUUCUAUUCCCUGUAUUUCAAAGUAAAUUAUAUAUGCUGCUGAUAUAGGGUGUAGAUCAAUAAAACACUCUUAGUUCAAGGAAUGAAUUAAGAAAUAUUAAUUUUUAAAAUUGAAACAUCAUGUUAAUUUUCAAUGUUUUAGUUUUAAUGAAUUAAUCCAUUCUUUUAUAGUAUAAACUAGUUUUCACUAUUUUGUGACAAUAGACCUCUAUUCCAUAUCUUCUAGCAUUAAACACCAUAGAAUCAUUUGAAAAAUAAAAAUAUAAUUCAUCAGUUUUUCAAAUUGUGCUGUGCACUUCACAUUAUGAAAAAACACAGCUACAUUAAAUAGGUUGAGAUUUCUUUACAUGGUAAAUUUGCAUUUUAUUUUCAUGACUGCGAGGCUGACAUAAACAUUAAUAUGGACAAGAAAGGAACUUUUUGCGGAACAGAUGGCUUUCAGGCUGUAUGCUGUUCUGUUGCUGCAUGUCCAUGUUGAAAUCAAUGUCUUGUCUGGUACAACAAUAUUUGGCCAGGUCAAAUUUUUUAAAAUGAUGCUCCCUAAACAAGAAUUUAUGUAAAUGUUUUAAACCGUUUCAUGUAACUAAUCCAGUUUGCCUCAAUACAUUGAAAAAUAUGGGCCCAAGUAGGCAUAUUGUAUUGGUAGAGUUUCUUUUUAUGAAAGACUUUAUGAUAUGGACAUUUUUAAUACAAAUAAACGUUUUUGCAUUGGA